CCCUAUUAAUACAGCUCAGCAGCUCAGUUCCAUUUCCAUCUCACACACACAAACGCAAGAAGCUCAAAGAAGCUGAGCCAAGCUCAAGAAGAAAAAAUAAAGCCUAGAAGGAGGCUCAAGGGGAUGAUGGGAAGCGAAGGCAGCACGAGCCCAGCGGCGGGCGGAGCCGCCUGCGCGGUCUGCGGCGCCGCGGCGGCGGUGUACUGCGCGGCGGAUGCUGCGGCGCUCUGCAGCCCCUGCGACGCCGCUGUGCACGCGGCCAACCUACUGGCGUCGCGCCACGAGCGCGUGCCUAUCGCCAUGGCCGCCGCGGCGGCGGCAUCCGGCGUGUACGACGACCUCUUCGCGCCCGACGACGUCGACGCGGCGUCGUCGUGGCCGGCCGCGGCGCCCGCGCAGGGGCAGGGGAGCCCCCAGAACGGCAGCUCAUCGACCAGCUUCACCACCAGCGACAGCGGCGCGGAGGGCAGGAGCCUGUUCGACCUGCUCUCCGACGUCGACCUCGCGGCGGCGGCCCGCGUCACGGGCGGCGGGUACCUGCCGGACGGCGUGGCGCCCGUCCAUCACGGCGGCGCUGCACCGCUGUGGGCGCAUCCCGGCAUGGCCGCGUGGGCUGCCGCGUGGUCUCCAGCGGACGCCGCGGCCGUCGUCGUCCCGGGCGCCGCCGCCGUGGUCGCCGCGGCGGCGGAGCGGGUGGCGAGGGUGCAGAGGUACCGCGAGAAGCGCAAGAACCGCAAGUUCCAGAAGACCAUCCGCUACGCGUCCCGCAAGGCCUACGCCGAGGCCCGCCCGAGGAUCAAGGGCCGCUUCGUCAAGCGCGCCGCCGGCGCCCCGGGCGCCGCCGCAUCGCCGGACACCGACGCCGCCGCCACGAACGCCUCCGACACGUCUAAGUUCUGGCUCUCCUUCUCCGACGACGCCCGCGACGACGGCGUCGGGUUCUACGUCGACGCCGCAGCCUACGGGGUCGUGCCAAGCUUCUAGAAUGUUCCAGACACCUCGCGAGGAAGGCCUGCAAAGUUAGGCGGCCACGACACUUCCGGCGGUGACGUUUCGCCCAGCUUAAAACAAGUUAAGAAAUGGGCGCGCGCCAUGUCGCCGUGCUAUGGGCGCCGUCGUUCUUGUUGGUCUCUUGUCAUUGUUGUGGUCUAGUAUUCGUGGUGAAAUUCCGCCAUCGCUAUUUUUAAAUGAUGGCCCGGGAUUUCGAUGGGUCAAUGCAACCGGUGAACUAGGGAUUCAUGCGUUGUAAGAUAGCCUAAGUAGAUGUUCACCAUUAGUUUCCAUGGAUUGGUUCUCUAUGCUAAGACGAUUAGUUAUGUGGUAAUUUCUCUCUUGUAUCUCCGCCGAAGCAAAAGUUGUACUGAAAAUCCACCAUCGAUAUUUUUUUAGAGAUUGUGUGGAUUUUCGAUGGGUCAAUCAGUGAAUAAAGUGGUUAAUCUUUGGUCAA